CAGGCAGCCAGCACGGGAACGUGGCGUGUAUCUGUGCGCCACUUGGCCCGCGUGUAGAGAGAGAGAGAGAGCUGUCGUAGCCACCGGCGAUGAGAGCGAGUGUCCGCGCUGGUUCUCCCUGUUCACUUGCCUGCAUCGAGAAGAGCACGCGUGCGGUUAGGGGUUGGUGUAAGGUUGGGGUUGGUUGGUAGGUGAAGGCGGAAGGAGGAGGUGGAGGAGGUGGAGGAUCAGUUUAGACGGUGGAUAACCUCUUCUAAGUAAGCCCAUCGUCUCCUUUUGUUAGUGUUGCUGCUGCUGCUGUGUGUGUUGAGUCCUCUCUCCGAUGCUCGUGCACCCGGCGAUGUCGACCCGUUGAUGUCGCCAGGCAUGGCCAACGAACCGAGGCAGGAGCUGGUAGGCAAGAGGUUCAUGCGCGUCUCCGCCGAGGGCAGUGCGGAUUUGGAGCGGAUACACGAGUGGCAAUGGAGAAGCGGGGUCAUCCGUGCCGUGUCCCACAAGGAGAGGAACCACCUCGACCUCUCGGUCUGCGUGGAGUUCGACGGGCUGGAGUGGGACCGCAGAGAGUGGCUACGCGUGUACGACGAUAAGUGCUCGGCAUUCCUGGUGGAGCACGCCCUGGUGUGGGCGCCUCGGACGCACUUCAACGAGCCCUCCGAGUCGUCGUCGCCAAGAGCCACGCCAAGUGCCCAGACGCCUGCCGCAGAGGCCGAUGCAUGCCAGAGGCCCUGGCCUGCCCUAACUUUCAAACCACUUGUGGAUAAGGUUGGGCUGAAAGGCGUGAUCCCGUUGGAGUUUUUCAGCGAUCACACCCGAGCCUUCAUUGAAAACGAGGAGUCAAUCAGGCCAUUUUCGCAGAAAGAGGGUGAUAGCCCUCCCCCUCUACUAGAGGGGCAGCCUGAACUCCUCGAUGAAGUGAAGGACUGGAUCAAGGAGCAGAAGGUCCAGGAGAUAUUUAUGCAUGGUACAGUCCUCCAGCAUCACGGUCCUUAUUCGCUUAACGGCUACAGGGUGCGUGUGUAUCGUCAAGACUCGGCCACCCAGUGGUUUACCGCCAUCAUUACUCACCACGACCUCUUUAGCCGCACUAUGAUAGUCAUGACUGACCAGGUGCUGGAGCCUCAGAACGUGGACCCUGCAUUGGUCCAGAUGACCUUUCUGGAUGACGUAGUGCACUCGUUGCUUAAGGGGGAGAAUGUGGGCAUCACUUCACGCCGUCGCUCAUGUGCCAGCCAGAGCAACAGUGGCAGCGGCAGCACCAGCGGCAAUGGAAGCAACGGGGGCACGGUUAUGAAUGUGCACGGCCACUUCACACGCGGACAGAGUGGAGCCCCUGCUCCAGGUGCCAAGCCUUUGCAGCUGCGUGGCACGGCACGCAACGGGCGAAGGAAAGGCUCGGACAGCAGCACUCCAGAUGAGGACCGCAAGGAAAGGGAUCCCGAGAGAGAAAAGGGGAAGAGCAAGGCAAGGCAGGAAACCAGCAGAAAAAGGAAGGCACAUGAUGGAACAGAGAAAGACAGUUCAUCAGGCAAACGGUCAAAAGCAUUUGACAGCUCUGACUCUGAAGGUAGCGAGAGUGAGAAAUCAAUUGAUAAGGUCUCAGUGGAUGGUGAUGCUUUUGAAACCUCCUUACGGGAGAGAGAGACGGGGAGCAGCAACACUGUGAGCAAAGAAAAAGAGGAUGACCAAAGCAAGAGCUCAGAAAGAGAGAGACCAGAUGCUACAAAUUUUAGAGGGUACAGCUCAAAGACUGAUAACACUGCCACUACCAUGCAAGCGGGUGAAUUUGAUGUGAAAUUCAGAACACAUCAAAGAGUGGAGAGUGCAACGGGGAAUCUAAACGAAGAGAAGUCUCUUCCAGUGCAAACUGCGGAUGUUAAGGAGGGCAAUCGGACUGACAACAUUGCCUCCUCUUCAAGACACAUCACCUCCAGGACUGGUGAAGUAGCAAGCCCAGCAACGUUGGACGUCAGGCAGGCAAAGCGCCACAGUCAAUCUCCAGUUAUAUCGGAGCUGAAACGCACAGAGAAGUGCAGAGAUUAUGCCAAGGACUAUUCAACCAUUAAUAGAAAUUCAUCGAUUUUGCCUGCUAAAGGACACAUUGAGCAAGGCAACAGUGGUCUGCUGAAAUCUGAACACGCAUCAAAAAGUAUGUCGUCAGUACAAUCUCAUAGUAAGAGAUCUGGGAGAUUUUCACAGGAAGAUGUGCACCAUUUAGGGAAAGGGAUUGACUACUCGGCUGCAAGAAUGGAUUAUCUGAACGUUGGAAAACCUCGUUCCUCACCGCAGCAGAGCAGAGUCAGCCCCAAGACAUCGAGGUCUGACUCGGAAACCUUGAAAUCUAGCUUUCAGCCAGUACCUCCCAGGUCCUUGCUGGCUGAGAAUGUGAAGGGGAUGCCCAUUGUUGACAAGAAAGAGCAGUUUAUGUCUGCGUACAGCAGAGACUUAGAUGCUGAAGCCAAACACCUGCCUUUCUACUCUCAUCCCUUCGUUCCUAGUUCGUCUUCUUCUUCAGCUGUUCAUCACGCCCUGGGACUGCCUACCCAUGCCCAUCUUCUCUCGUCGUCCCCCAGUCAGGCCGCGCUUGCGUUCUCUUCGUCUCACCUGGCACCUGCUCACCACCUGUAUCCGUCGGGAAUGGCCUCGGCCGUUCACGCGGCCUCUUCUCCCAUGCUUCCUCCGCACCUCAAUUCCCAGCCCACCAUGCUGCCUUCGGGACUGGACUACCGGACAAGCUCAGCCGCUCUGCUCUCUGCGGGGCUAGAUUCUCGUUCCGCGGCCUCCACCGCCAUGCUGGCUCCCAGCAUGCACGCCAGCAGCCUGACCGCGCUGGCGCUGGCCCACCAGCAGCACCAGCAUCACCAACAGCAACAACAUCAACAGCAUCAGCAACAUCAGCAACACCAGCAGCAUCACCAGCAGCAGCAACAACAGCAGCAGCACUUACUGCAGGCAUCUGCACAUCUGAUGCCCUCAGCCGCUGCUUACGCGAGCCAGAUGGGGCUCUACCCUAUCCUGUGGCAUCAGCAGCCCAGCAUGAGGCUACCCAUGCAUCCUGCAGCAUCGUGCCAUCCAAGCAUGGCAGCGUGGUCACACCUUGAGUCAGCUGGCACUGCUGCAGAGAACACCUCAAAGAGGAGCACGCACAGCCCUUGGCCAUUGCACCAUGCGACUACGCUGCCAGAUCAGAAAGCCGCAGCUGGCGCAGACACGGGGAAACUGCACAAACCACUGCCGGUCAAUGCCUCCCCUCGCUCCGGGAUGUCUGACAACCACAGGACAGAAUCCGACCGAAAGCACAUGGCAGCCAUGACCCCUCCCAAGUCGGAGGCCCUGCCUAUGCAGGGGCUCUGGCUGCCUCACUCUCACGAUCCUCACAGCUUGGCUCACAGAGGACACGCGGAGAAUGAGGGAAAGCAGCAUCACUCGUCUUCCGGCAAGCAGGACAGCGAGCUUGCACGGAGAGAAAAGGAAAUGGCAAUGUACGCACAGGCGUACAGGGCGAAGGAGUCUGAGCUGGAGUACAGGAAGUCCACAAAGCGGGACAUGGAUCAGAAGCAUAAAACAGAUGGACCAAGUGAGAAGUCACCUCCGGGGUUGGCAAUGUUUCAUCCACUGAUGCAUCACAGAGUGCUCCCGAGUGGCUACUUUACAUCUCUGUCACAGAGUGUGGUUAAUGAGCCCAUCAGGCACAAUGGAGUUAAAGGCAGCAGGGCCCACACCUCCAGUGUAAUGUCUCCACCACUACGUGAGACGGGUGUUGAUAGAACGAAGGGUGGAGUUGUGAUGGCACCGUCAGUGCAGUCUCUAGCCGGAAAUAGCAACAGCGGUAGUAACAGCAAAGCUCUGUCUCGACCACCGCCACUCAUAAAGCACCAACCAGAACUGCAAGAAGUGAAUAGGGAUAAAAUGUCUGAUCGCUUGAUGCCCUCUAGUGGUCAUUCUGUAAUCACGGGAAGCAGGAAGCAACCUCUCGACGCUCUGUCUUCAAUGUCUGCUUCACCGCUGCCUCCGCCAUUGCUGAAACCAGUGCCUCCGCCACCACUGGCUCAGCAGCAAAGCUGCCGCAUGAUGGAUCGCGGGGAGGCGCCAGCUUGCCUGUCGCACGUUCAGGCCAACAGCGAACGUUUUGAAGCGCCUGGACUACGGGCACCGUCCCCUCUGAAAGUGGCUUCGCCACAGCAGCUGCAGGCCGCCAUGAUGCAACCUUUGGAGCUUCAGAGGUCUCGUGGGAUUCUGGGAGAAAACGGACCACCUUCGCAUCAAUUGUCCAACGGGCUGAAAGGGAAUCCUGAAGGUGGGUUUAGAGACUCGACAGGCAGUGCUUCUUACUUGGAUGAACUUCGAGCCAUUGGGGACAUGAAGAAGGCACAUGAUGCACAGGUGUACGAUUCGAAAAACACCAGUCGGAUUAUUGUUGCUGCACCGGCAUCUGUCAUCGUACAUUCAAAAUCGGCAUCCUCCACUCUGCUGGCUGCGCGUGUAGAGCCAAGCAACCCCAAGCAGCAUGGCAGCAUUGUGCACGGCACAAGCCACAAUAUGUUCAUACAGUCCCUUUCGCCGCCAAAUGUGCCCUUGGUGACUCCAUCGGUGAUCUCAAUUCCCGACAAAUACUCAGAGAAAGCCGUGAGUAGUCAUGCACCAGACACUUCUUUGAACCUGUCAUGUUCUGAUCUGAGGACGGUAACAACAGUAUCAAACUCUGCUAUAUCAAAAGAAAGCACAGUUGUAAAUAUGCCCACGUCCUUAAACACAAGCUGGAGCAGCUCAGUAUGCCCACCAUCCAGUAAAAGUCCUGCUUUCAGUACAGCCCAGAUUCUUCCUGGAAAACCUGCAGCAAAUUUAGUGUCAAGUUGCACAACUCAGACCAUCACCAUUUCACAAUCUGUCGUCGCAUCUGUGGCUCCCAAGGCUGCUCCAUACCAAUCUAAAAAACAAAAGGCGUUACAAUCAUCAACCCACGCUCAACCGUCCAAUCCAGCUAGUAAUGGUAAUGACAGCGACACAGCCAGCGUGAAAAGCGAUGUGAGUUCAUCGUCUUCCAAGGGGAGUAUGGAAGUUUCAGCCAAUCCAGUGAGCUCUGGCAAUCCCAAUGGUGGUGGCAGUGGUCUUCACACCAAGCUGAAGAAAGCCUGGCUAACUCGCCACUCAAAAGAGGACCGUAUGGUAAGCAGCGACAAAGUGAACCCAUCUGCAGGGCCUACGGAGAAACUUCCAGCAUCUGAAUCUCCUUCCUUGCAACCCAUUCAAGUGGCAUCUAUAAAAGAAGUUGAUGAGGAUCAAAGGCCAGAAAUGGUUAAAGUAGAGAGGAAAUUAAAGAAAAGUAAAGAGGAUGCUGCUGAAAACAGGCGCGUGAAACGUCAAAAGAAAGAUCUGGAAGAACAAGGAAGAGUAAAACGUGGGAAAACCGAUGAAAGGCGGGCAAGCAGUGGAAAGGAAGAAAAGAAAGAAAGCAAGCAAGCCGCGGCAUCUCGAGAAGAUGUCAAGGAGGAGAAACGGGGAAAACGUACAAAGGAAGAUCCAAAAGAUGAUGAGAAGCCAAAGCGUGGUAAAAAAGAGCAGCAGGAAGAAAAACGUGGAAAACAUGCAAAGGAUGAUUCGGGGAAAAACAGGAGAGCAAAGCCAGAGAGGAAAGAUCUGCGGCAGGAGAGGCGAACCAAGAGGGCAGCCAAGCGAGCACUGGAGUCUGAGGGCUCGGAAAGUGAUGAUUCAGAAGGGCCGGAAAGUCGGGCAGAAAGGAGAGCAAAACGUCUGCCUAAACCCACAUACAAGAAAAAGGAAAAUGACAUGCAAAAGAAAAAACCUCAGAACGACGAUGAAGCUGACCGAGAAAAAGAGGAGACCAAGGAAGAAGGGAAACAAUUGGGCAGUGCCGAUGAAGUUGAAAGCGAGAAAGAAACAGCAGCUGGGCAAGAGAAAGAAUCUGUUAAAGAGGUGAUGAAACCCUUGCCCAUGGAGUCUGACAAAAAAGAGGAGGAGCCUGAGAAACAAGAGGAUGAGAAGAAGAAUGGUGUCUUCAAUUCCGGGAAGUUGGAGGAAAAGCCCAAAUUAAAACUUGAUGAUGAGGAGUUGCCGGAGAGUGUGCUGAAAGACUGGCGCAAGGUGAAGCGGCUCAAGCAGACCGGGGAGGCCUUCCUGCAGGACGGGGCCUGCACAGAGAUCACGCCGUCGCUGCAGAAGUGUCGCGAGUGCCGCAUGGUGCGCUACCGCAAGGGCCAGGAGGUGCACUCGGCGGUCUUCUGCCGCUUCUACCACUUCCGAAGGUUAUCCUUUAAUAAGAACGGGGCAUUGCGAAUUUAUGGAUUCUCUGCGCCAAACGACUGCACAGCGGAUGACCUUAGCCUGUGGGUACCUGGAGGCACCGGUGCUCCAGCGUUACGGGCAGAGGGAGGAAUAGAAUCCGCCAGGUACAUCCUAUCUCACGUGGGACCUCAGUUCUGUCGGAUGGUCCAGGCCGAGAAGGAUGCCAAGGCACGCAUACCGCAAGAUGCUAAAGUGGCGUGGAAACGUGCGGUGCGUGGAGUUAGAGAGAUGUGCGACGCCUGUGAAGCCACGCUCUUCAAUGUCCACUGGGUUUGCCCAAAGUGUGGUUUUGUGGUCUGCCCUGAGUGUUACACUUCACGUCGGGAGAAGCGGGACACAGAAAAUGAAGGGAGAAAAGAAACGUUCUCCUGGAUAAAGUGCGUCAAGGGCCAAGUCCAUGAUCCCAAAAACCUUAUCCCAACACAGAUCAUCCCUGGAACAGCGUUGUAUGACCUUGGUGAAUUGAUGCACGCUACACAUGAAAGGCUGGGGAUGGCGUCAAACUGCCCGUGUUUUGGAGAUGUGCAAAGUAAACCAUUCCAUAAGCUCCUCAACACCAACGGAGUUUCCCAGGUACUGCAUGACCUUAUUGCAUCAACUCUGAAGAAUGGCAUUAACAUAGUGGAGCCGAAGCAAGAAGUGUCUGUAAACAGCCCUGCUAAAGACACAAAAGGUGAAGUUCAAGAUCUAAAGGAAUUCCCCAAUAAUAAUGGAAAUGAUAACAAAUGCACUGAAACGCAGAAGCACUCGCCUUCUGACGCAGGCAAAUCUCAGUCUGAAUCUCAGACAGCACUGCACUGGCUAGCUGACUUGGCAACACAGAAGGCAAAAGAAGAGAAGAAAGGUACUUUUCCUUUCCAACAGUUGUUGGCAGAUGUCAUGCCGAUGAAAGCUGACCAGAACCCCGUCGUCGUCUUGGAGUCCAUCCUGAGCCCUGCUUCGAGUCUGGCCCCGCGGAAAGGCAUAAAGGGGGAGCAGCGGUCGCCGGUGGUGCUCCUGGAGACUUUUAGCAGUACCUCCGUGCCACCGGUAAUCAGCUCUGCUUCUGGUGCCAGCUCUAGCUCCCUCAGAGGAUCUGGUGGAUCGGGAGGAACGCUGGAGCAUGGAUCAAGCUCCUCCACCCUCCGCGACCUGCUCACUACCACGGCCGGAAAGCUUCGCAUCAUCUCCACCGAUGGCGGCAUGGCCUUUGCCCCCGUCAUGCCUCUCAUGUCUCAUACGGACAGAAGCUCGCGGAGCAUGCCCAACUUGCUGGAUGACAUCAUCGCCUCCGUAGUGGAGAAUAAGAUCCCUUCUGGGUGGCCCAAGACAAUGCCGGCUGUGUCGCGGGUAUCUGAAGCGCUGGCAAGGCACGAGAUGCAAGAGCCCGGCGAUGGGAAGCUACCCAAGAGGGAGGAACUGCAUGGCACCGUGAAGUCCGAAGGCUUUUCUAACCCUGCGACAAUGGCUGACAUGGCGCAGUCAGUCAAGAAUGAACCUCUUGGAGAGCUUCAGAGACAUCCGAAGACAGAUCCAAAAGCUGACACGCAGCUGAAAACAGAUGUGGUUCAGCCAAACGUGACGAGCGGAGAAAGUUCCAGGUCUCAGGUGAAGUGUGAGCAGCUGGAGGAGGCUCUGGGACAUGCGCCAAUGAAGGUUGAUGGAGUGGCAACGUGGAAAGUGCCCCACGGCUGGCUGUGUGGAGGAUGCAUUCUGCACCUAUACAACCCCACAGAGCCAAACAACUGGAGGGCCUUCAGAGAGUGCUGGACUUGGGGCCAGCCGGUGGUCGUGUCACGAGUCCAUGAAUACCUGCGCCAAGAGCUCUGGAAUCCAGAGAGUCUCGCAAGAGACAUCUGUAAGCAGGAAACUCACUUAGUGGAUUGCAACACUUUGGCUGCUCCCUCCAAUACCAUUCUCAAGGACUUCUGGGAAGGCUUCCAAGACAACUCUGUACGGCCGAAGAAUGAGUCUGGGGAGCCCAUGGUUCUCAAGCUGAAGGAGUGGCCGACAGGAGAUGAUUUUAGGGAUCUCCUACCUGACAGGUUUGAAGAUCUGACGCGGAAUGUACCCCUUGCGGAGUACACUACGCGUGAAGGGAGGUUGAAUUUGGCGUCCCAUCCACCAGACUUCUUUGUUCGGCCAGAGCUGGGACCAAAGCUUCACGUUGCUUAUGGUCUUUUAAAGGAGGGCGAUAUUGCUUUCGGAACAAGAGGUAUACAUUCAGAUUUGGCAGACACAAUAAAUAUCCUGGUCCAUGUUGAAGAGGCAGCAGGGACAACUAAUUCCAGAGAAGUGCUUCAAAAGGCACUGGAGGUUGGGGAAGCCGAUGAAACAAUGAAGCUGCGCUUCUCCGAAGCGGGCCAAAAAGCCGGUGCGCUGUGGCACAUCUUCUCGGCUGGUGAUGCAAGCAAAGUCCGCGAGUUCUUGAGCAAGGUGGCAGCCGAGAAAGAGGAAGAAGAGGAACCAGUAGAGGGAGAUGUGGCACCGACACCGAGCAUCUAUUUGGACGCAGAGCUUCGGCGCAGAUUGCAACAGGAGCAGGGAGUCAGGCCCGUCGCUUUGGUUCAGUGCCUUGGCGAUGCACUCCUCAUACCAGCAGGGAGCCUCUACCAGGUGCAAAAUCUGUACAACUGCAUUGCGGUGUCUGACGACUUUGUGUCCCCGGAAAAUGUUCAGCACUGCCUUCGCUUGACACAUGAGCUCAGGCAGUGGCCUGAUGGUAGUCAUGAAGACAAGCUGCAGGUGAAGAACAUCAUUUACCAUGUGGUGAAGAACAUGGUUGGAAUUUUAAGUGCACGCGAACUGAAAAAUGAUUCUCAACCAACUGCCUGCUGAAGAAAAUAACACCCAAAAUUGCAUAACCACAAGUGCACUAUCUUAGCUUUAAUGCGGACUAGUCAAGAGAAAAUAACCCCACAUGGAUGAUGAAUGCACUCUCUGUGCUCCAUAACAGGUUUGAUAUUAAAAAAUAAGCCAUCCUUGCAGCCAUUGUAAGAUAAAAUAGAACAAGACAAAAAGUGCACUAUCUAAAAUUCAUCCAUAGUGGACGAAGAGAGCCUAGGAUGACCCCGAUGUGCACUAUAUUUUUGCAGGACUUGCUUGCCUAAAAGGUAAACUGGAACUGAAUGUUCUUUCAGCCGCUUCAAGUGAAAGUAGGGUCAGUCUGGGCAACUGACAUUGGAGUACACCGCAGAAAUUUCCAGUGCAAUCCUUGAAAGGUGGAACUUUGAACCUGGGGUUGUGCGUGUACCACACUACAGUAUAUUGAAUAGUUGUUUUUUGUAUGCGACGGUUCGUGUGUAAAAUAUAUAUAAGUAGGACUUGCUAAACCUUUUACUUGCACUUGUGUCAUGGUGUAUGCCAGCAACUUUUUUCAAGCCGCGGCUCAGAUAUUGGCUCAGACUUUCUAAUACGGGCUGAACAAAAAAUGGAAUAAGAUGAUCUUUCAGUUCACACCUAGAAGCACUUCGUAUGGUAUGAUACCAUGUGCAAUUAGGUACUUCGUGUCAGAAGAAAAAAUGCAAAUUUCGACGAACCGUGCCGCUUUGUUUUUUAGCUGUUAUGUACAAAUGUGUGAUAUUCUUGAGCACAAUUAUUGCGCGUCUAACUGUUUAAAUCCACAGAAAAAACUAUUACACUUGACAUUUUCAUCUUCAAAAGGAGCGUGUUUUUUUCAGUGCUCAUCAAGGGGGUACCAUGGUAUCAAAACUCAAGGUGACAGUUGUACAAUUUGAUUUACCAAUUUAGCCACGUGGUAUAUAAAUUCCAGGACAUUUCUUGUAAUAAAGUCUCGUGUAAAUUGUAAAUAUUAAAUAUUGAGUUAGACCAAGGGCUUAAUUGUACAAAAACGAAACUGCUCAGGUCUAAGGCUUGCACCUGUGCAUUUGUGAUGUAUUGCUUGUGCCUGUUACCUUUUUAACAUGCAGCGGAAAAUAGCAGUUAUUUGUUUGCAUUGUCUCAUAUUUUAUACUAUGAUGUUAAUGAGCAUGCAUUUAUCAAGAAAGAUCAACGAUGAGUACGUAAUUGGUUGUAUUCCAUUAUUUUAUGCAUCCCUUUCAGUUUGCAAUUAAGCAGUGAUUUCAAGUGUACAUAUACAGUAUAUAUACCAUAGUUAAAUCUAUCAUCACAGAACCCAGAAAUCAUUGCUUUAUACAUAAGCUACACGUUUGUAAUAUAGCAUAAUAUAGUGGAAAACCUUUUCAUGGAAAGCAUUUAUGCUGUAUAAUGUUUGUAACUAUCUUGAAUACUGUUUAUAUUGUACAUUACUCUUUUGUGGUUUAGUGUUGCCAUUAUCAAUAGUAGUGAUACAAAAAGGUGUAUUUAUUUUAUUUACCGAUAUAAAUACAAAAAUACAUGAAGAGACCGAUGCCUCAUACAAUACAAAUAUUUUGUAAAAUCUCGAUGUGAGGUAUUUUCUGUAUCAAUUUAUAAUGUGUCAUUUAUGGAAACAUUGAAAAUUUACAGUAAGGUGGCCCAUCAAUUUUGUUAUAUGUGGAGAAAUUUAUAUAUUAAAAACAUAAAUACAUAACUGUCUUGUGUGUUUUCCCUAUACAAAAACCCCAUUCUAGUAGCCUUUCGCUAUUUGAUUGCUGAUAUGCCAUGCGCGUGUGUAUAACGUUGAAUUUAACAAUUCCAAAUACAAAUAAGACGACAUUGGUAACAUUUAUUUGAAGACCCCCCCCCCCACCCUUUGCUUAAAAUGCAGUAGAAAAUGUACAAUUGUAACAUUUGUCCAACGUUAAAUGUGAACAGCAUCUUAAAGUUAAUUAUUUAUUGAAAAACAGGAAGUAAGUCUCUAUACUUUACUCUUUUUCUGAUGUCUAAUUUUAAGUGCUGUGAUGAAGUUCAGUAUAGUGUAUCAGGCAUAAUUCUCAUGUUAAUCCAGGACUUCAUUAAUGUGUAAAAAAUCAAUUGAAGCUUUGAUUUCAGUACACAUGAAUGCAACAAUUCCCAUCAAAAACAGAGUGAAAGAAAAACAGCCAAACGAUGUUGCUGAUGCAAUUUUAUAAAAUCACGAAAUGGAUUGAGAAUUUAUAGUACACAAGCGGACAAAUGCGUGUGGCUCAUUUUAUGUGGGCACAAAUUUAAUGCUGCGGCUGGAGGCUGAAAUCUGAUUUAUAGUAAGUGCUGCGACAGAGAUUGUGUAACUGGUACCAGUCUUGCAGAUAUUUGGUAAUGACGCCAUGAGCUGGAUGAAUAGAGGUAUUGUGGGGCGUCAAAUGAGUAAUGUUGAUUGUGGCAGACAUUUUCUAUUGUAAUUGAUUAUGCAAGUCUGUUUCUCAAAUGUAUGCCGCUUGCAAGGAAAUUAUGUUCUGUGUGCGAAUGCGUGUGUGAUUUCACAAUCCACUGGCUUCGUAUCGAAAGCCAAGAGUGUAUUUACCGACACCAAAAGAGGUUACAGGAGGUCACAUUUUGUAAUGUGGCGAACAAAAACCUGCUCCGACGCAUGAGUCGUAAGUCAGGUUUGCUCCUCAAUCUCAAUGUUCAAAAUCAAAGGUGGUGCGUACGUGGCCUGCCGUCUACCGGGACGAAGUUGGCUUAAAAUCCUGCAUGGAGGAAUGUUACAGAUAAUGCGUCAUUGGUAAACGUUCAAAAAUACUCGCUGACCAAAAAAAUGUGAGCUUGCUAUUGCAUUUUAUACCCCACUAUCCAAUUAGUUUUUUUUUAUUAUUCGGUGCCAACACAUAAAACAAGCUAUUCAAAUGUUGAAUUGUUUCUUAUACCGAGUAUAGUCUAGCAAAGUGUCAACUCGGCAUGAAUUGUCAUGCAUCACUUGCAUCCAAACAGGAAAUUUCGCUGGAAUCUGCUGGCUUCUCUCGAAACAGAAAGGCACGUCAUGUCCUUUCGCAUCAGUUUCCUAUGCAUGUAAUUAAUUACCACAUUGUCCACGCACAAAGUACACACUGUCCAUCCCUAAAUUCUUAGCACAGUGUUGUAUUUUGUUUUGCAGGCCCUUUUAGCAAUCCACUGCUGGAUAAAGGUCUCCCCAUGCAUUUAAUUUAUGGGGGUUGGGAGGUUUUUUGACCAUACUUCACUUUGUUCAGUGCGGGUCAGUGAGGAUGGUGGUUGCAGGACCGGUUUAGCUAUCACCACUGGUGUUGUUGGCCAUGGCUAGGAAUCAAACUCGAGAUCACUGGCUUCAUAUAGCAGUGUCCGAACCUCAUUGCCACCGUUCGACGCCCUGCAUUGUAUAUAUAUUAAUAUUAAAGGAGAAAUCUCUUGAGUAAAUGUACGCACUUUGUGGGCAGUAUCACACUCAAGUUAGGCUUUAAUUGCAACAGUGUGUUAGACAUCUGUGAAGACGUGCCUGUGUGAUUUAUAGCUCGCAGAAUGGGUAACAGUGUGGCUUGGAAUCUGCUUUGUUGGUGUGAAGAUUGGCAAAAAAAAAUGUACUCUUCGAAUGAAACAUUCUUAUAUUAUGGAAAACAUCCAGUUGUAAUAUACAGUAUAUUUUAUGCAGAAGUGGUCAAAACAUGUUAAAGUAUAACAAUAUUAAAAAAUUGUAAAUUGUACAUAUACCGUAAUAUUUUGAAGACCCGCGUUUGCAGAAUGCAGAUUAAAAGUGUCUGCAAAGUAUUCAAAUAAAUGUUUACAUGAUCCAA